AUCAUUUAACUAGUUUGACAGACAACCAGAAAACUCAUGUUCUGACGGAAAUAAACCUGCUCAAAUUCAACAAAGUUGUGGGUAGUGAUAUUGAAAUAUUCGGGAAAGCCUUACAAUUGAAACAAGCAGACAUUGAUUCGACUCGAAUGGAAAAUUCAAACUCAGUGGCCACCCAAAUCCACAAGAUUAUACUCAAGUGGAGGAACAGAAAUGGUAAAAUGGCAACCUUAGGAACAUUUACUAAGAGUUUGAUGGACGCGGAGGCUGCAGGGGCUAGUGUUGAUUGGGAUGUUUUUGAUCAAGGUGUGAAAGAAGUGACUUCUUAAAAACUCAGCAGGAUCAAUAAUCCAAAAAAAAAAAAACCCACAAUAUUUGUGCAGAGUAACACAUGGUCAUGGACCAUUGCAACUUUUUAUGGCAUUGAAAAACACUUUUGUUCCUGUUUGAAAUCACCCACAAUUUCAACACUGGUACGGCACGAUUUUGCUUCACUUCAAAAUGCUUAUAUGCAGUGAGUUUGGAAUUUGAAUAAGGAUAGAAAAAAAUGGUGACUUCAGAUAGAAUUUAUUUUAGGAAUAAGAAAUCAUUCCUCAACAUUUAUGGAGAAAUCAUUGAUGUCGGGCACUUGAUCAAAUCCAAUAAAGCUCGUCGGAGAUUGAAUCAUGUACGGACUGUGUUUGUUUCCCCACAAAAGUCAAAGAAAAUUUUCGUGCUAUAGCGACUAUUUAUUUUUUUUUCAAUUAGAGAAUGUACAAUUAAAAGUUUACACAGAAAAAGACACUGAAAAGAGUAAAAAAAAAAUCCUUGAAAGAUUUUGUUAAAUACUAGUACAUGCAUGAUUAUAUCAUUUUCUUAUUUCAACAGCAAGAAACAUUAACAAGUUAAUAAGUUGGUAGUGAUAACUAUGAAAUUAAAAAAAAUCAGAAAAUUAAUAAUUCAUUUAAACUUACUAAGUUUUGUUAACUCGUAUCAUUUUCCUGGAGAAAAUAUUUAUUUUGCAAAAUGUGUAAGUUCUUUCACUUUUUAUCAAUAACUUAUAAUAUUUGAUGAAUCAUAAUUAUUUCCUAUAUACACUUCAAUGGACAGAAAUAAUGCAGUUAAUAGAUUCAGAUUCAUUAAAACAAAAUUGAUAGUAGAAAUGUAAAAAUUACUUCCUUAUUGGACGCGUAUUGUGUGUAUGGUACAUUUACGUACAAGUGCUAUGCAUAUUUGAGUCCCAUAACGUAUAAUAUAAAAAGAUGUACAAUUUUCCAUUUGAUUGCUAUUUACCAUGCUUACCUAUACAUAAAUAUUUACAAUAAUAUUGUAUUGUAUUGUGUGCAAUACUUUUUAUUCUAAUUAAUACAUGUAAAUCAAAUUGGAGUAAAAAUUUUACAUGUAGAUGGAAGGUUAUGUUUUGUGUGAAUGAAAUUGUUAAAAUGUUUGGAAGAUUCUUUUUGUUGAUGUUUUGUUCUAAUCUGGCCUUCUCAAAGUUUAGGGGGUUUAUUGAAAUCGCCCUGUCCAUCUGUAUGUCCAUUUGGCUGUAGGCAUAACAUGUUGAACACCAUCUGAAGAUUUGCACCUGCAAUUUUUAUUUUAAGAUCAGAAAAGAUUGAAUAAUCUUAUUAGUUUUCAUUUUCCGUAUCCUGUAUAUAGUACACUGAUGUUGAAAAGUAAGGGAGGUAAUCCUAACAAUGUUUGUUAGUUAAUUUAUAGUAAACACUCUAAAAUAUAUUUAUAUAAGAACAUUCA